GGGGCCAACUAAUCGAAUAAACAACCGCUGUAAUCUGCUUUUCACCCCAUCGCUGGCGUGUAUUCUUUAGUCUUCGGGUGUCCGAAGAAUCAUCAACAACCGUCACCUCGAUCUUUCCAUUCGUAUGCUUGAAGGUUUCCAACCUUAAUCAACCAACAUGAGUCAGCGGAGAAGAGGCUCCACUGGUGCCAUCAAAUGGGAUUCUCUUCCUGACCCCGGCCCUCGUUUCCAAUUGGGCGAACGACUUGGAAUUGGCGUUAGUGGCGAAGUCUUCCAGGCCACUGAUCUUCAGGAAGGAAACCUGCAAGUAGCUGUUAAAAUUCAAAGAAUCACAGACGAGAACUGGGAAGACCUAGAGGAGGAGUACAGGUUUUACAAAGAUCAUGCAAACCACCCAAACUUGCCUGAUUUUUUUGGCGCCUACUGCAAGAGGAGUCGCGAUGGAGACCAACUUUGGCUCGUCAUGCAGCUCUGUGAGGGAGGAACUGUAAUUGAUAUGGUCAAAGCCUUGCACAAGUCUGACAAGAAACUGAGUGAACUACAUAUUGCUCACAUCCUCAAGGAGACUAUUAAGGCCGUGGUUUACCUGCAUCAAAACCAUUACAUGCACCGCGACAUCCGUGCCAGCAACAUCCUCCUUACAAAAUCUGGGGAAAUCAAACUAAUUGACUUUGGUCUUUCGAGGGAGCUUCGCAGCACCAUGGGCAAGAGAGGCUCUACUGUGGGCUCUCCUUGUUGGAUGGCUCCCGAGUUGGUCACAAGUGAGCAGAGGAGUCUCAAGAUCGGUCAUGACGUGUAUGACAACCGCGUUGACACUUGGGCAAUAGGUAUAACCGCCAUUGAACUUGCCGAUGCCAAAGCGCCGUUUGAGGAUAUUCACCCGACCCGUGCUCUUUUCCAAAUCGUGCGAAACCCGCCACCGACUCUCCACCGACCUGCAAGCUGGAGCCAGGAAUUCAAUGACUUCAUUAACGAAUGCUUGGUGAAAAUAGCUGAGAAUCGGCCUCUGGUCGUGGAACUUGUUGAGCAUCCUUUCCUCACGCAAAUUCCAGAAAAUGCCACGCACAUGCUGGGUGAAAUUAAGUCAGUUAUGGAUAGCGUUGCAUCAGUUAAGAAGGAAAGACGCCAAGAAGUGGCGGUCAGGGGAAAUUUCCUGAAGGCUGACCAAAAUGCUGAGCCAGAAGUAAUGUACCUGGAAGAUUUGGCUGCAUUGGAAAACCUCACUGAAGAUCUGAUCAUUGAGCAGCUGCAACAUAGAGUCAAGAAAGGCUCAUGCUAUUCAUUCAUGGGAGACGUUUUGCUUUUUGUUAAUCCCAAUGAGACCCUCAACAUUUACAACGAAGAGAAUCAGAGCAAAUACAUGUUCAAAAGCCGAUCAGACAACCGCCCCCACAUCUACGCAGUGGCAGACUGCGCUUACCAAGAUGUUUUGCACCACGAUGAGCCUCAGCACAUUGUUCUGAGUGGAGAAAGCAUGUCUGGGAAGACCGCCAACAUGAUGCACGUCAUCCGCCACUUGCUAUGGCUUGGAAAGGGCAAUAUUUCUGUUGCUGUCCGCAUCCUGAACGGUCUGACAGUAAUUCAAGCAAUGGGAAAUGCGUGCACCCCUCUUAAUGGCAACUCUACGCGUCACGUGCUUAACACGCAAAUGACCUUUACAACCACUGGCAAGGUCAGCGGUGCCAUCUUCUGGCUGUACCAACUGGAACGCUGGAGAAUCACCACAAACGAUAGACGUCAGGGCAACUUCCAUCUUUUCUACUACUUCUAUGACGCGAUGGAUGACAAGCGCGAGCUGAGCAAAUACUUCUUAGAACCAGGACGCAGGCACCGAUAUCUGCGUUCAGUGAGCGCCCCAAGUGGGUCCAGCAGCCAGACCUACGUGCCCUCUGAUUCCAACUCGGCCAGCAACAAUAGCAGGCAAUUUGAGACUUUCAAGACCGCUCUCGUUGACCUCGAAUUCGGCGAAAAUAACAUCGAGACCGUCAAGAAAAUUUUAGCUGCCGUUCUUGUUCUUGGGGAGGUCAGGUUCCGCGACAGUGGCAAUGGCAAGGCCGAGGUUGAAAACCCUAAAGUUGCCGCCCAAGUUGCGGAGCUCCUCGGACUGGACGAAAAAAAAUUCUCUUGGGCUCUAGUUAACUAUUGUCUUAUUGAGAGUGGCAACGCAAAGAAAAUGCAGCAGUCACCAGAGGAAGCCGAAAUGGCCAGGGAUUCUCUCGCUAGAGCACUCUAUGCGCGAAUGGUCGACUGGCUUGUCAACUUUAUCAAUCUUAAGCUCUCUUACUCGCGCGCUGUAUUCGGAGACCGUCACAUGAUUUCUAUCCUGGAUAUGUUCGGAUUCGAGUGCUUCCAAACCAACAGGAUCGAACAACUUUUUGUUAAUGCAUUGAACGAACAGCUACAGUAUAACUACACUCAACGCUUAUUUGCUUGGGAGAUGCAAGAGAGAUUGGAGGAUGAAGUUCCUGGGGAGCCUCUCACUUUCUACGACAAUAGGCCAUCUGUUGACGUAUUGAUGGGCAAACCUGAUGGCGUUAUGUGGUUGAUUGAUGAGGCCACCAGGACAGCUAAAGGCGCUGAAUUUAUCAUUGAAUCAAUUAAUGCACGCAAGAAAACACCAUUUUUGCAAUCUUCGUCUGAAUCGGAGUUCAGUGUGGCUCAUUACACCGGUAAGGUGACCUAUGAUGCCAAGGAUAUGUCUGAAAAGAACAGAGACUUCAUCCCACCCGAGCUCACUGAGACUCUCCGCCUGUCAAACAAUGAGUCGAUUAAGAUGCUAUUUACCAACCUGCUGUCUAGAACUGGUAAUCUAGUUCAGGCGCAGGUUGAUGUGUCAACUGCUCAGAAGAAUAUGCCCGAGAAGGAAACAAAGCGCCGUGCCAGCAAGUGGAAUGCCGCCCUUGUUGCGGAUAAGCAUCAAACUGCCAGGAGCUACAACACCCUGUCCAAGGGCCAGUUCAGCCAGACUCGUCGCAUGCGUACGGCCACCACCACGUUCAGAGCAGCCUGCUUGGAGAUUCUGCGCAACCUAAACUCUGGCGGCACUCACUUUGUGCGCUGCCUUCGCGCUGAACUGACCGGCCAACCCAGAGGAUUCCAAACCGAGGUUGUCCGCCAGCAGCUGAGAGCUCUUGGGGUUGUGGACACGGUCAGGGCUCGCCAGAGGGGCUACCCUUGCCGCGUCGUGUUCAACGAGUUUCUCAGGAGAUAUAAAUUCCUGGCUUUCGACUUUGACGAGAACGUGGAUAUGACCGGAGAUAACUGUCGCCUGCUCAUGGUCCGCCUGAAGAUGGAGGGAUACGCUAUGGGAAAAACGAAGGUGUAUCUCAAAUACUACAACGAAGAAUAUUUGGCCAGACUGUAUGAGCAGCAAGUGAAGAAGAUCAUUAAGGUGCAAUCUAUGAUGCGUGCUUUCUUGGCUAAGAAGAAGGUUGGCGCGUCAGACAAGCAGCCUGGCAGCCUAGCUGGCGAAAAUACUACGAAUUUCGGUCCAAAAAAGAAAACUCAUUCAAGAGCUACAGGACACUCAUCGGUAUCGAAAUAUCAAUCUGAAGACGAUGCGGCACUUGCUAUUCAGUCGAACUUUAGGGGAUACAUAACUCGAAAGGAUAUUGCCGAGACCAAAGGCUUCAAGUGCUCAGCCGAUGCUAGCUCAUACGACAUGAGAACGACCGCUCUUUUGAGGAAGUACGCUCGCAGAUGGAGGAGACGCUCUCUGUUCCAGAUGCUGCUUUUGUAUCGUUCAGUUAGACACAGCGACCUGGUUUACUUCUGUCAGCAGGUCCACGUGUAUAACCAAUCAGCGAUAGAUGGAUUAAAGGGUACAGAAACUAUGUCCAUUUCCCAAGAAAAAAUCAAAGCCGUCAAAAGCAGCGAGGCUUCAUUUUUGCUCGGGAGACAGCCAAUUUUCGUUCGAAAAGUUCCAUUCCAAUUCCAAAUGCUACCGUUCUUCGACACCUCUCACUUCUGCGACCCCACUGAAGCAGGGCUUGAUGGAAUGUAUGCUACCGGGAGGCGCAAUCCGCGCGAUUUUGAUACUUGGGAUGCACCAUUGAGGCGUAAGAAGAUGCAAAGGGACGAAAAUAGGUCGUUCCAACGAAACAACAAGAAAGUGCGUGACCAAGGCUGCCAGACAGGCAGUCACGUAGUUGACAAUAGGGCGAUGAACAACAAACAAGCACAGGCAAAUGUCCCGCACAUCCAGACUCCUUACAGAAGGGAACUCCUGGACAAUCAACCAAAAAUGCCAAAGAAAACGACUCCAAGACAAAUGUCUGCAGGGCCAACUGUCUCAGCUAGCUCUUCCCGAGCCAACGAUUCUGUCAUUGAUCUGCCAUCCAGAUCCGUGAGUGCAGUAAGGGGACAAUUCGAAGGCGGAAACAGCAACCAUAGUGCACGAGUUGGUGCCAACCCAACUGGUCACAUUCAGGAGUUAAAGAAUUUGGGCAAAGAAAUGUCUGGAUCGGACACUGGGACGUUUAACUUCCAGGGGAUGCUCCGCAAGACAAAUUUCAGCCGGGGUUCAAUGAAGAGAUCCGACAUUUACUCCCCUGACGACGGACCGUCUUUCAAAAUAUCGUCAUACAAUCAGCAGGAUAACAAACAAAUGUGGGAAAAGAGCGAUUUGGACCAGAGUAAGAACAAAGGUCCGUCUUACUCUGCAGUAGUCAAGCAGAAGCAGCCAAAGGUAGGCUUUGCUGACAAAAAUGACAACCGACAUGAAAUAGCUCCAGGACUCAUCAUUGAGGGAGAAGUGUCUGACUUGUAAAUUCAGCGCUGUAAUUAAGUAACACCCAAUUUUAUUUAUUUUAAUUGUUUUCAAUUUUAUUAUAAAUCAGUUUCGCUUUCCAAUAAUUAUUGGAUUAAAAUAGGCGAUUUUCAUCUAUUAUAUUUUGACCCUUUCUGUUAAACUAACUACUUUUUGUUACUGGAUGCUUUGAAAAAAAUAGAAUUAAAAAAUAAUAUAUAUCCCGUUAAUGACUACAAUGAUUGUUAUCAAGAAAACAGUCAACGCGUGCACUUACUACAGUUUAAGAUAAUUGCUUUCAGUAGGUGUAACCUUUAAAUUUACAGCUGAGGUAUCAAAGUUACAUUGCUCUUUGUUGUUACAUUAACCUGAUAUUGAUGUCUCAUUUUGAUUUCUAAAAAAUAAACGCUGUUCUGUUGGCAA